AAGUGGUAGCCAUGUCUAACAGUCGUUCCCUAAAAUUGAACGAACUGUGUAAAGUCAAAGAAACGUUUCCUUUAUAAAUAUCAAGCAUUGAGACAUAACUUAAUGAAACAACAAUAAAACGCCAACAAAUAUCAACCACAUAUCCUUGUCAUAUUCAUCAUCUUCAUAAUCAUAACAAAACAAUACAACACAAAUUAUGUCUCUAUUGCUCAUUGCAUUCUCUAGUUUUAUAUUAUCAAUCCUAAUAUACUAUUUUGUGAAAUUUGCAACAAGAUCUUCUUCACUAUCACUUCCACCUGGACCAAAACCAUGGCCAAUAAUAGGCAACAUGCCAGACUUAGGCCGUUUUCCACAUCAUUCUCUUGCAGCCUUGGCUAAAACCUAUGGCCCAUUGAUGCAUCUCAAAUUAGGCUUUGCGGAUGUUAUUGUGGCGGCUUCGGCCUCUGUGGCCGAACAAUUCUUAAAGGUUCAUGAUGCUAACUUUAGUAGCCGCCCGCCUAAUGCUGGAGCUAAAUAUAUGGCUUAUAACUAUCAGGAUCUUGUGUUCGCUCCUUAUGGUCCUCGUUGGAGAUUGCUCCGAAAAAUUUCCUCUGUUCAUCUCUUCUCCAACAGAGUCAUGGAUGAGUUCAAACAUUUACGUCAGGAAGAGGUAGCAAGAUUGACAAGCAAUUUGGCAAGUAACUAUUCCACCACAAAAGCUGUUAACUUGGGACAACUAUUGAAUGUUUGUACAACUAAUGCACUUGCUAGGGUUAUGUUAGGAAGGAGAGUUUUCAAUGAUGGGAAUGGUGGUAGUGACCCUAAAGCUGACGAGUUCAAGUCUAUGGUUGUUGAAAUGAUGGUGUUAGCUGGAGUAUUCAAUAUAGGUGAUUUUAUUCCUUCAUUGGAAUGGUUAGAUAUUCAAGGAGUUCAAGAUAAAAUGAAAAAAUUACACAAAAGAUUUGAUGCAUUUUUAACAAACAUUAUUGAGGAACAUGAGACUUCAAAUUCUAGAAGUGAGAAACAUAAAGAUUUAUUGAGUACUUUGUUAUCACUUAAAGAGGAAAAGGAUGAUGAUGGAAACAAACUCACUGAUGUUGAGAUCAAAGCACUUCUUUUGAACAUGUUUGCAGCUGGGACAGACACAUCAUCAAGCACAACAGAAUGGGCCAUUGCAGAACUACUCAAAAACCCAAGAAUCUUAGCCCAAGUCCAGCAAGAAUUGGACAAUGUUGUGGGCCGAGAAAGGAACGUGAAAGAAGAUGAUUUACCUAAUCUACCUUACUUACAAGCAGUGAUAAAAGAAACCUUUCGCCUACAUCCAUCAACACCUCUUUCGCUUCCACGAAUUGCAUCUGAAAGUUGCGAGAUUUUUGGGUACCACAUUCCAAAGGGUUCAACUCUUUUGGUUAAUGUAUGGGCCAUAGCGCGUGACCCAAAAGAAUGGACUAACCCAUUAGAGUUCAAGCCCGAAAGAUUCUUACCAGGAGGUGAGAAGUUUGAUGUUGAUGUUAAGGGAAAUAAUUUUGAAGUUAUACCCUUUGGUGCUGGACGUAGAAUAUGUGCUGGGAUGAGUCUCGGGCUUCGUAUAGUCCAACUUCUAACUGCUACGUUGGCCCAUUCGUUUGAUUGGGAACUUGAAAAUGGGAUCAAUGCUGAAAAAUUGAACAUGGAUGAGGCUUAUGGGCUUACUCUUCAACGAGCUGUGCCAUUAUCGGUGCAUCCUAAACCUAGGCUCUCGGCACAUGUGUACUCAUCAUGAUUUUUAAGUUUACAUUUGUAAAUUUUGAGGUUUUGUUUUUUUUAUAGUUGCACCUUAUCGUUCCCUUUCUUAUGCUUAGUUAUUAUAAUAAGGUGAAUAAAUGAAAUUCUUAGUAUGUUGUGGUGUGAAGAUUCCAAAAGGGAGAAAGGUGUAACUUCAAUUGGUUUCAAUUUUGUGUGUUUCAAAUUUUUAUGGGAAUACUUGUUCAAAAA